GUCCUUAUAAAAAGAGUCGACCCCUGCAAUCACUCUCCAUUCUUCUGUCACCCCAGAUACACAGCUGCACAGCAUUCUCGAUCAGAUUGACCAGACCAGGCUGCAAUCAAGGUAAAUCAAGCUUCAGCAAUGGCAGGAUCAAAGGUGCACCAAGUUUUGGUUUUGGCAUUGGCUUUUAUCCUUGGAUCGGUCCUUGGCGAAUCAAGCCCUAAUCCUUCAACUGCCAAUCCUUCCACCACCGGUAAAUCAUCCAUAGUUCAAAUUACUGCAGUUUCUUCCAGCAUGAUAACUUCUACACCUGUCACACCCUCAGCAAGUCCCCCACCCUCGACAGUCUCCACCGCCUCCUCGACAGUCUCCACCACCUCAUCGUCCUCCCCAUGGCAAUUAUUUGAACCCAAGAUUAGCUUGUUGGUAAUGGGUGGGCUGGUUCUGUUGUGCACCAUCCUGUUCAUUACGACCUGCAUCCUGGCAAACGUAGUGUGCUCCCUGAGAAGGAGCUACCGGAUGACGCCACGGCCGACCAACAGCAACGCGAACCUGCUGAGCAGCUCCAAUUUCGGGGCCUCCGGAGGUGCCAGUCCCAACGGCAAAGAGACGGUGUUGUCAGAGACGAGCAUCAUGAUGGAGGAGGUGAAAACAGAGACGGCCCAGGAAAACAGGGAGCAGGAGAAACAAACAGGAACGGUCGCAAGCGCAGGAGCAAAGGAAGACGAGUCCCUGGAAGCAGCAGUUACUGCAGGAACCCCUCCAGAGGAACGCAUGGGAAGCGAUGAGGAGGAGGGCGAUCUCCCUCCUCCACCAGACAAUUCAACAGCAGAUUUUAUCCUGGUGGUCUAAUACAGUGGGUUCUUGAACCCGGUCCUUUUGAGAGCUCCAAAUUUUAAAAGCAGCGCUGCUUUCCAGUGUACAUAAAACAGCACCCACGACCUUGAAGAAAAACAACAUGCCUGGUCUGUUACUGGCCCCAAGGACCCGGAUUAGUCAUUCCAAUACCACCGCUUAAACCCUGCAAUGUGUAAAACGAAUGGCCUGCAAUAUAAACGAACUCUGUUCAGUAUGAAUAGACCUACGAAACCAGAAGACUGCCCCACCUUUGAGCCCAGUUUAUUAGCAGCCCCCUGCUGUAAAUGAACCUGCUUCGAUUUGCCAUGCUGAAGUUUCAUCCCUUCUUACUCAAACUCCUCUUGUGGUUGUAGUUCACUUUAAUGCUGUUUUUAAAGCUAUUGUGUUUUGUGAAGAAUGAAGGAAAUUUGUAAGAAAUUAAUUCUUAUGCAGAAAAGCCAACUCUUUUUUUGAUCAUAAUUACUAACGCUUUUUAAAUGUAUGAUGUAAACACAUUGCAAACAACUUGAACGAACGCAGACAAGCACGUCACUGACUGCGGUUUACUUUGGAUUCAAUGCUUAUUACCUUUUCUUGGAAUAAAUGUAUGUACUUGAUUUUUUAAUUACAAAUAAAUAAAAUGUUCAGUCAUUGUAAAAAA